CGUUGUUGAUGCUGAAGCCUCUCCUCCUCCAGCCCUGCAUCUGAGAGGAGGAGAGACAGGCACCAACUUCCUGUGCGAGAAGAGCGCUGCUCCCUGCAAUUGAGCUCAGUCCGGAGCUGUCGCAGCACCCAGGGAGGCUUUCAGGCUCUGCAGCAGAGGGAGAGGAGGGAGGCACUGGUGUAUGGCUUGGAGAGACGACUGCGACCUCCGUGCGCAGCGGCCAUAAAUGCGGAUUGUUUACACCGGUGGGAAAAGGCUUUCCUGCUCCUUCCCCGCCUCCCUCCGAGUCCGAGCGUCCGCCUCGGCUCGCCGCCGCCGCAGAUAGCGUCAGUGGAGCGGGCUAUGGCCCUGGUGCUCGCCCCGGCCUUCAUCACCCGCCCGGCCGCCUAGGGAGGCGCAAGACACCGAGCCGCAACAUCUCGUCGCCCGAGGUCCCGCGGGAACACCGGACCAGGAGAGAAGGGAAGCCGGGGUUUGGACUGCAGCAUCGCGCCCUGCAUGGUGUCGUGGAGGCGGAGGGAGUGGAUGUGCAACCCAAGCUGACCGAGAGAUGGCUGUGCUCAAACUGGCCGACCAGCCUCCGCUCAUCCAGGCUAUCUUUAAUGGAGACCCUGAGGAGAUCCGGAUGCUCAUCUAUAAGUCGGAGGAUAUCAAUGCUUUGGAUGCAGAGAAGCGCACCCCGCUCCACGCAGCUGCCUUCCUGGGCGACGCGGAGAUCACCGAGCUCCUCAUCCUGGCUGGGGCUCGGGUCAACGCCAAAGACAACAUGUGGCUCACCCCUCUGCAUCGUGCCGUUGCAUCUCGGAGUGAGGAGGCGGUGCGAGUGUUGAUCCGCCACUCGGCCGACGUGAACGCGCGGGACAAGAACUGGCAGACGCCGCUGCACGUCGCCGCCGCCAAUAACGCGCUGCGGUGCGCUGAGGUCAUCAUCCCGCUGCUGAGCAGUGUGAACGUGUCGGACCGCGGCGGGCGCACCGCCCUGCACCACGCCGCCCUCAACGGACACACUGAGAUGGUAAACCUCCUGCUUGCAAAGGGAGCCAACAUCAACGCCUUUGAUAAGAAGGAUAGUCGGGCGUUGCACUGGGCAGCUUUCAUGGGUCAUCUGGAUGUGGUGUGUCUGCUGGUGACCCAGGGGGCGGAGAUCAGCUGUAAGGACAAGCGAGGAUACACUCCGCUCCACACAGCAGCGUCCAGCGGGCAGAUCGCUGUGGUCAAACACCUGCUUAACCUGGCUGUGGAGAUAGACGAGUCGAAUGCGUUUGGGAACACGGCGCUCCACGUGGCGUGUUUUAACGGCCAGGACAACGUGGUCAGCGAGCUGAUCGACUACGGCGCCAACGUCAGCCAGCCCAACAACAAGGGCUUCACUCCGCUGCACUUCGCCGCCGCCUCCACCCACGGAGCGCUCUGUCUGGAAUUCCUGGUCAACAACGGGGCGGACGUGAACGUGCAGAGUCGGGAUGGGAAGAGCCCACUUCACAUGACGGCGGUGCACGGGCGCUUCACCCGCUCCCAGACUCUGAUCCAGAACGGAGGGGAGAUUGAUAGUGUGGACAAGGACGGCAACACCCCUCUCCACAUCGCUGCCCGCUACGGUCAUGAACUCCUCAUCAACACGCUCAUCACCAGCGGAGCAGACUGCACAAGGCGAGGGGUCCACGGCAUGUUCCCUCUCCACCUGGCUGCCUUGAACGCUCACUCCGACUGCUGCCAGAAGCUGCUGUCGUCAGGCCGGAGGUUUAGCAUAAUGUGUAACGAGUCGGUCCUGUCUGCAGGCUUCCAGAUAGACACGCCCGACAGCCUCGGGAGGACCUGCCUGCACGCCGCCGCCGCCGGAGGAAAUGUGGAGUGUGUCAAGCUGCUCCUGAGCGGCGGUGGAGAACACAACAGGAGGGACAAUUGUGGCAGGACUCCCCUUCACUAUGCAGCCGCCAGCCGUCACUACCAGUGUCUGGAGACUCUGGUGGCUUGUGGAACUUGCAUCAACGCCACUGACCAGUGGGGGCGCUCUGCCCUGCACUACGCCGCCGCCUCUGACCUGGACAGGAGGCGUCGUGUCGCCCUGGAGCCCGACAGUGAAGGAGUUCAGGCGGAGAAGGAGAAGGAGGCAGCGCUAUGUUUAGAGUUCCUGCUGCAGAGCGGUGCUACAGCGUCUCUGAAAGACAAACAGGGCUACAGUCCCAUCCACUACGCCGCUGCCUACGGACACAGGCACUGUCUGGAGCUGCUGCUGGACAGAGAUGAGAGCCACCAAGACGACCCCGACUCCCUCAACACCCGGAGCCCCCUGCACCUCGCUGCGUACCACGGCCAUGCUCAGGCCCUGGAGGUGCUGCUGCAGGGCGAGAGGGAGGUGGACCAGGGGGACGAGGCGGGGAGGACGCCCCUGGCCCUGGCCGCCCUGCGGGGACACACCGACUGUGUCCACACCCUCCUCAGCCAGGGGGCGUCACCGCGCACCACCGACACCCACUACGGACGCACCCCCGUCCACCUGGCAGUGAUGAACGGUCAUACGACGUGUGUGCGCCUCCUGCUGGAUGACUCCGACGGUGCAGAUUUGGUGGAUGCUGCCGACUCCCAGGGACAGACUCCUCUGAUUCUGGCGGUGGCAGGAGGCCACGUCGACGCCGUGUCGCUGCUGCUGGAGAGAGAAGCCAACGUCAACUUGGCCGAUAACAACGGCCUCACCGCGCUGCACCUCGGGCUGCUGUGCGGUCAGGAGGAGUGUGUCCAGUGUCUCCUGGAGCAGGAGGCCUCCGUUCUGCUCGGCGACUCCCGAGGCCGCACGCCCAUCCACCUGGCCGCGGCGAGAGGCCACGCCUCCUGGCUGAGCGAGCUGCUGAGCAUCGCCUGCUCCGAGCCGCCGUCCCUGCCGCCGCUGAGGGACAACUGCGGAUACACACCGCUGCACUGGGCCUGCUACUACGGUCAUGAGGGGUGUGUAGAGGUGCUGCUGGAGCAGAAGGGCUGCCGCUGCAUAGAUGGGAACCCCUUCACUCCCCUGCACUGUGCCGUAGUGAAUGAUCAUGAGCCUUGUGCUUCUCUGCUGUUGGAGGCCAUGGGAUCAGACAUCGUCAGCUGCAAGGAUGCCAAGGACAGGACGCCUCUCCAUGCAGCAGCGUUCUCGGGCCACGUCGACUGCGUCCAGUUGCUCCUUUCCCAUGAUGCACCUGUCGAUGCAGCGGACCAGUCGGGCCGCACUGCUCUCAUGAUGGCGGCGGCGAAAGGUGGAGUCGGAGCCCUCGAGGUGCUGUUGACCGGCGCCAACGCCAACCUCAGUCUGACUGACAAAGACGGCAACACUGCCCUGCACCUUUCCUGUAGUAACGGAAAGGAGGACUGUGUCCUGUUGAUCCUGGAGAAGCUGUCUGACCCUGCCCUCAUAAACGCCACGAACGCAGCGCUGCAGACUCCCCUUCACUUAGCGGCUCGCAGCGGUCUGAAGCAGGCAGUGCAGGAGCUGCUGUCCCGAGGAGCCAGCGUCCAGACGGUGGAUGAGAACGGUUUGACCCCCGCUCUGGCUUGUGCUCCCAGCAGGGAGGUGGCUGACUGUCUGGCUCUCAUUCUGGCUACCAUGAUGCCUUUCUGCUCCCCUUGCAGCUCCGGGGCUCCCUCCCCAGGCUCCCUGUUGAGACAGCUGCCCCACCAGGGGGGCAAGGGCCCGGGCUCCGGCCCUCGGGGGCCGCGCAGCCCCAGGAACCCUUCCAGCGAGGGAACCACCGAGAACGACUCUGAAGACUCGGAAACCUUCUGACCCUCCCUGACGGACUCUCUGCCCUCCUACCUCGAAGUGUGCACCUCAGUUCUUUAUGUUUUGCCUCCCGGGGUGUGAGCAGCGCUGAAGGCACAGUGCAGGGCUGCAGUCUGUGUUCGUUCAUAUCAUUCCAGUGUUUCAAGAGCAACACACAAGUGCACACUUCAGGGAGAAGGGUGGAGACGUGGUCGCAGCACAGUCUGUUUCUGUAUCCUCUGCCCGCUCUAGCUCCUCCCUCCCCAGAGCUCCCAUCACCUCAUGGGCAGCGUGUACAGAACCGCCCCCCCCCCCCCUCGACACCACGAGGAGGCCUACAGCUCUCUCUGUCUUAGUGCCCUUGUUCACAAAUAAGGAACGGAGCAGCUGCACUGCCCUGGACUGGUUAAUGCAGCCCUACUCGUUGCUCCCUGGAACUGUGGUUGAAAAUGUAAGAAGAACUCGAUCUGGGCCAGCGCAGCACAACUAUGGUCCGGGUCUGCAUGCAUGUGUUGAACUCACAGCACGGUUCUCUCCACUCACGGGUGCUUAAAUCCAAACCAACCUCGGUACUCAGUCUCUGCAUGGCAUAGAAACAAGCCGCUGAGACUCGUCUGUCUUAAAAAAAAAAAAAAAAAAAAAAAAAAAAAAAAGCCAUUUUUAACUGUUUGUACAAAAUGAAGUGGACCAUUAAGAAAGCUAAGUAUAAUCUUAACCUUUUUAUGAUUUUUUUUUUGGCUAGUUGAUGUACCAAAUAUUUGAUUUCCAUGCAUAAGUACCUAAUGUACUGAAGGGUCAUUGUAGUGGCAGGGUAUUUUCAUAGAGGUACGUAGCACUUGCAGUGACUGCCCACAACUUAAGCACAAAUUUGGAUUUCACUUUUUUGGCCCCAUGUGGCUCCAAUGUGAAGCUGUAAACAAGUAAUUUAUCCUCAGUGUUACAAUCUUAUUUUUUUUUUUUUUCUUAAAACAAGGCAAGAAAUCUGCCAGUGAGAGGAGAUGAUCCGCUUUGUUUCCCCCUCAUUCCAACUUGUUUCAACAUAUUUAUACAUAACAAAAAAAAAAAAGGAAAAAAAAAACUGCAUUGGAAACAAUAGGGGAUAUCUCAUUCCGCUUGCAGAUUUUUUCACUUCUUUUAAAAAAAAUUUGUAGUAAAUAUGAGGCUAAAUGACUUGUUUUAGUGGAUAAUUUCUUGCAGUGUAAUCAUCAUGACUUCUGGAACAGUGGAAAUACAGACCAGGACGUUUUCUAGGAAACAGGGUAGGACACGGAUGGAAACAGGGUUUGCGCCGAUUAGAUUGGCUUGAGAUCACUUGACGCUGGAAUUUAAAGAAGACAAGAAAACUCUCCAAUCUACCAGGAAUCUAGAAAUGUCUUACUGAUUGGACUCUGCUUUGUGGACUGGCCUCCUGUACUGGUCUGCCACCACAUCCAUCCUUACAUACAGUACAUGGGGGUGCACUUUGUAGCCAAUGGUGACUUGUUUAAAUGUUUUUAAUGUAAAAUUGACACUUUUUUUUUUUUUUUUUUUUUUUUUGCCAACUGAGCAAUAUUUUCUAGUUUUUAAAUCAUGCAAGCCCAAGGUUUCUAUACAAAGAAAAUUCAAAUGACCAAAUUUCUGUAAUUUCGCAGGGCUGCCACUCAAGUGAAAGGAUUAGAAAAGCUGUUUUUAGGUCAAAAGGUGGUCUCCCCACCACUUCAGCACCAUAUUGAUUAACAUGACAUGAUGGUACAAAAUACUGCCAGCACUUAAAUGUAAAAUAGCACAGGGCCUUGACCACUUUUCUCUCCUCUCCUACUCUUCGGCUGUCCCUUCCCAUCAUCCCUUCUUUCCCAUCUACUGCUGUCUGUCAACCUACCAGCUAUGUGCCAGUGUCUCCAACUUGUCCAGUGCCUUGUUAGACGUCUACUAAACUUUGAUUUGAUUUCUUUUACAACAUAUCCUGAUAGCGGAUGCUAAUAUUCUUAUAAUUUUGUUGUGUGUUUAGGUUGAGCAUAAUGUGAGAGGUUUUGUUAUAGCGAAUGGAAAAAGUGUGUGAAGAGUUUGCUCCAAAAUGACGGACCAUUCUGUAGACGUGUUGACGAAUGGACCUAAAAUCCUGCAAAAACAGUAUCUCACACCAGUGUUUGUGCUCCUGAAGGCAGGGUGUGCUUGCGUGCAUGUGUGUGUGAGUGUGUGUGUGAGACCUUCGGUACAAGUAUGAAGUUGAACUGCUUUUGUAUAUAGUGUUAUUGUAAAGCACAGCCUUGUAUGUAAAAAAAAUCUCCAUUACAGAGGACUUUGUCACAGACAGGGACGCUCCAUUCCAAACCAGUCAAAACAAAAAGGCAAGCAUGUAUUUCUUUAGUUUAGGUUUCAGAAUGGAGAAAAGGUGUAUAUUAUUGAUUUUUAUUUGAAAUUGUGAACUCAUUUCGGUUGGAAUGGAGAUGAGCCUAAUGCGUGACAAGCACACACACACACAUACCUUUGUUGAGAAGCACAGUGUUAGUCUGCCUCUACUGUCCCUGAGCUGAAGGUCUGCUGAGAGACUGGACGGCUGCCAGUAUUACUCUACCAGAGAAUGAGCUUCACCAGUCCUGACAAUCGCUAUCGUCGUGUGUCUGAUGAUUUUCAUACCAGUUCCUGAUGCAGUAUGAACCGCUGAGGGCUGUUUGUCAGCUACCUUUUGUUUUUUAUGAACUGUACAAUUAUAAAAAUCUGUUUUAAGUU